CCCGUACUUGGGGCGCGACUUAUGGUCUUAGACGUUGGUGUGUUACUAAUUCAAAACCUGAUAUGUCUACAGGCAGCAGUGCUCGUCGAACUGAAGUGACAAAUGCCAAAGUACGAAUCAAAGCUUUUCCUCCUUCGAUAGAUGAGAGAUAUGCCAAUCAGUUAUGGGAUCAGAUUAAAAGUGCGAUAAUCGAGAUUCAAAAGAAAAACAACAGUUGUUUAAGCUUUGAAGAACUCUACCGCAAUGCGUACACUUUGAUAUUACAAAAACACGGUGAACGUUUGUAUGCUGGGACAGAGGCUGUUGUACGUGAACAUAUGAUCAAGAUCCGCGAUAGUAUUGUUGAGAAUCUAAAUAAUAAGUUUUUAACUUAUCUUAACUCAUGUUGGAAAGAUCACCAAACUGCUAUGGGAAUGAUUCGUGAUAUUCUUAUGUACAUGGAUCGUGUCUACGUCGGCCCCCAUAACCUGGAUGGAGUUUAUAAGAUGGGAAUGACUGUUUUCUGCGAUCUCGUCGUACGUUAUCCAAUCAUUAGAGAGCACUUGCAGAAAACUCUGUUGGAUAUGGUGCGCAGGGAACGCCGGGGUGAAGUGAUAUCCCGUUCUCAGAUUCGCGAUGCCUGUCAGAUGUUUGUGCAGUUAGGGGCCGGAUCAUUACGUGUUUACCUUGAAGAUUUUGAACAGCCAUUUUUGGAGCAGUCAAGAGAAUUUUACCGCACAGAAAGUGAAAAUUUUCUUUCUGAGAAUACUUCUGCUUCCUUGUAUAUUAAAAAAGUCGAACAAAGAAUCGAGGAGGAAGUUCGAAGAGCACAUCAUCAUCUUGAUCCAUCCACGGAACCCAAAAUCGUCGUCGUAUUAGAAGAGGAGCUUAUAAGUCGACACAUGGAAACUAUUGUCGGCAUGGAAGAUUCAGGAUUAACGUACAUGUUAACUCAUGAUCACUUCAGUGAUAUCGCUGCUAUGUAUGGCGUUUUAAGUAGGGUUGAAGAAGGACCGAAAAUAAUGAGUAACUACAUUAGCCUGUACUUAAGAGAGCAAGGAAGAAAUACUGUACGUGAUACUGGGUCAUCAACACCUCAACAGCACAUUCAAGAUUUGCUUCAAUUACGCGAUCGCGCCAAUGAAUUACUAACGAGAGCACUUAAUAAUCAGACAAUAUUUCGUAAUCAAAUUAAUUCUGAUUUUGAGUACUUUGUCAAUUUAAAUCCUCGUUCUCCCGAGUUUCUGUCAUUAUUUAUUGAUGAGAAACUAAAACGUGGCACCAAAGGUAUGGCAGACCAAGAUGUAGACGCCAUUUUCGAUAAGUGUAUUGUAUUAUUCCGAUAUUUACAGGAAAAGGAUCUAUUUGAAGGUUAUUACAAGAAGCAUCUUGCAAAAAGGCUGUUGUUAAGUAAAAGUCAGUCAGAUGAUCAAGAAAAGAUUAUGAUAUCCAAGCUUAUGGCCGAAUGUGGUGCUGUAUACACAAGUAAACUAGAAGGAAUGUUUAAAGAUAUGGCAGUGUCUAAAACCCUCAUGGAUGAAUUCAAUGUAGUACUAUCUAAUGGUAAUCGCAAUCUUAACCUAGAUCUGUACGUUCGUGUAUUAACUACUGGUCUUUGGCCAACUCAAGUAACUAGUUCGAAUGAAGCGUUACCAGAAGAAGCUGAUACAGCGUUUAAAGUUUAUAAAAACUUCUAUUUAAGCAAGCAUAACGGUCGGAAAAUCAACCUGCAGACAAACAUGGGGUACGCAGAAUUGUCUGCUGUAUUUUAUGGUCGUCCUAAUGCGGAUAUCAAUACACCUCAGAUCUCUUCUGUUACUGAUUCUCAUACUCAUAGUUUUCUUAUUCAUGGCUCCAGUUCUGCAUCUUCGAAUCAAACAAGUCAAAGUAGUCAACAGGCGCCAAUCAGUGGAUUACCAGGAAGCCCAGGAGCUCUAAAGACACUUGAUCCUCCCAACUCAAUUAGUACUUCUAGUCGGUUGAAUGUACGGAAAUAUUUCUUACAGGUCUCCACAUAUCAAAUGAUUAUAUUAAUGAAAUUCAAUCGACGAAAUCGUUAUAGUUUUAUUGAAUUAGCCAGUGAAACAAAUAUUCCUGAACGUGAAUUAAAACGUAGUCUUAUGGCUUUAGCAUUAGGUCGUUGUAGUCAACGAAUUUUAUGCAAAGAACCGAAAACACGUGAUAUAGAGUCAACCGAUAUAUUCUAUGUCAAUGAUUCAUUUGUUUCGAAACAUAUUAAAGUUCGGGUUCAAAGUAUCACUGUUAAAGAAAGCGAACCAGAACGUCAGGAAACGCGGACAAAAGUAGAUGAAAAUCGACGUUAUGUUAUUGAGGCAACAAUUGUAAGAGUCAUGAAAGCUCGUAAAACUUUAAGUCAUGGACAACUUGUUGUUGAAGUUAUCGAACAAUUAAAAUCGCGCUUUGUACCUACCCCCCUAAUGAUUAAACAACGUAUUGAAUCGCUUAUUGAACGAGAAUUUCUUGCUCGAUUAGAAGAUGAUCGUCGAGUUUAUAAGUACUUGGCCUAAUCUCAUUUUGUAAACCAAAUCUAAAUACAACCUGUAUCUUUCAAGUUCCAUCCUACCAUUCCUUGCGUCUACUCUCUCCGUUGUCAAAAAUUUUCAAAUCACUCCUAUGAUGUGUUGUAAGAUGAUGAGCUUUAAAUAAUGACCAGAAUAAAUCCGAUUGCUCGUUAUCAGUUAAUUGAAUAAAUCAAAUCUUCAUUGUUCUCAAUUUACUACUACAAACCUAGUCUUCAUCAACUUACUACAGUUAAGUUAUCUAUGACUUUUUUGUUUCCUUUGCAAAUCUCAUGCUUCCAUUUCAGUUUUUUAUUAAACUACUAACCUUACCUACAUAAAUUAUAUCUGAUUCGUUAUUUUGUUGAUGUACAUAUUCUAAUUGCCUCACUCUUCUAAGUUUAUGCAUUCUAAAAUUGAUUCCUUUAUCCUCAUUCAUAACUUUUGGGAAAUGUGGAAUCAAUGUUAAUUAUUCAUUUCUUUGUUUCUUUCUCCAUUCAAAUGUGCAGUUACCCACAGUACUAACUUAUAUCAUUUGGCUAAAAGCAUCUCCCUUGUUACAGUAAAUAAUACGAUUAUUAAUGCGACGGGCAACUUCACAUAUUUCGGUGAGUAAAUGAACUUACUUCUGAACAAGGAAGGAAGCAAUCGGCUGUGUUAAACAAUAUGUCUAAUUCUUCAAUCUUAUGUAGUUUGUCUUAACUGAACACAUUUUGAGCAGUUUAAAUCUGCCAUGCAAUGAAUGCUUUUGUUUAUGGUGGAAUAUUUUUCUUUUUUGAGUUUUAGUCGUACACAAAGCCCUGUCCACAUUAUUUUUUGUGUAAGCUACAUAUAUGUAUCCACUCAAGUAAGGCGUAUUUUCUCGCCAAGGUUGACUUUUCUCUCAAGGUUUUAUUUUCGUAUGUUUACUUUCUCUAGGUGUUGCUUUAAAUUGUAGCACAUAGUUUUGUGCAGUAUAUGUGUUUUUUUUUAGUGUAUUCAAGGUGUGACUUUAAAACUACUAUGAAUUCAGUACUAUCCGUUAGCUUGUUUUCUGUAUCAAUUGAUAUCUUGAAUCAAUCAGUUUAUCAGGGUGCACUGUACACUGUCUGCUAUUUAUCAAUGUUCUGUUAGUUGGUCAAAAUGAUACUAAUUUCUUUUCACUUAUUUUCUAAAUACGAGGUAAUUUUACCAUAAUUGUUGACCUCAUAAACAACUCGGUCGCGUGAGCAUUUAAAAGUGCUAUGAGUUCGUAAUUAAAUUAAAGUAACACCUAGGUCUAUAUUAUUAUUAUUUUGUGUUUUUAGACAUCAUUUACUAAUUUACAAAUUGGAUACGUUCGUUAGUCAUUAUCAAAAUUGCAUGUAAAGGUAAUUAGUAGUUAACUCGCAAAGUGACAUAUCUUGUUUGGAUAAGUUUGACUGAAUGCUUGUUCUCGACGUCAAUGAGUCUCAAUACUUUGGACGACUAAAAUAUUUACUACGUUAUGACAGAUGCUUCAUUUUAAAGAGUGUUUUCGUGUCCUGAGGUAACCAGAACGGGUAAUCACUGAGAUACUCCAUUUGUCUAGUCCUAUGAUUUAAUGAAAUAAGAUUCUUCAAAAGGGAUAUCUGCACAGGAUUCCUAGUGAGUUCACAACAAUAAUCCAAACCUACCCCAAUAUGAAAACUACUGAAGGUGUAUAAUUUGGAGUUUCAUGUAUCAGCUUUUAUGCAGAAUCUAAUCCAUUAUCGAGACAUUGUAUUUUCCGUAUUUGAAGCGGGAAGCAAAGUUGAGAUUUCUAGAAUUAAUACAAAUUAUAAGGGGUUUCGCCUGGAUGAAGCAGUUCAGUAAGAUAACGUAUUGGAACUUGCUUUCUUCUAUGCAGUCACCUUUGAUUGGCGCAUACACUUUGCUUUGCACUUGAACUCAGGCUCUUUAAUCCUUGUUUAUUCACUGUAGCAGAAUAAGGAAGCAGUAUGGUAGUAAAAUUCUUAUUAAUUGCUUACUUAUUUCUCAGAUUAUAUAGUUGUCUUUGGUGACAACCGUGUUGUUUGAUCGACUUGUCAAUUAUCGUAAACAGCCGGCGUUACUCCUGAAAUAAAGCUCGUCGUCAGUCAAACGCUCCGUUAAACCUUCAGUCGGAUCAUAUAGUCUCGUGGCUCCAUAUAUCGAGCAACUGUCUUAUUUGGAAUGCCGGAAUUGACUAUACCUCCAGUAAAAUAAAUGUGUUAGCAGUCGCAUUUUCCAGAAAUAAUGACAGAAAUUUGCUGAAAUACCCUGUGCUGAGAAUUGUAUAUUAUACCAAAAUUUUUUAUUGAAUAAAGCUAUUAAUCAUUUUGAGAUGGUGGAGAUUUGUAGCUCAGGUGGAUGAAUUUGGUGGAGUUUUGUUCUCUGAUCUGGAUGGUUUGGUCGUGGAGCUUUCAUCGAUCUUCUGAACGACAUAAUCAGCACAAGCUUCAGGUAGAAGUGAAGUGUUCGAAUUUCUCCAUAUGUGUUUCACAGCCUUGGCAUCAUCUCCUGUCCCUGUUACACUUGAUCUACCAAUUCAAAAACAUUAUUGUCCUAUCAUAUCGGUGUGACGAAUGAUUUUUGUUCAUUUCGACAAGACACGCAAUACUAGUCGGUGUGAUUGUACGUUCCACGUAAUGACUAUAAUUCCUUCAAUUAUUGUACUAACCGAAUUGUUUUUACGUUUAGAAACAUAAAGUUCAAAGCCGA